AAUGAGCAGCCACGGUUGUUGUUUUUGUAAACUUUGAUCAAUUCAGUUAAUUAUUAAGUUUCAAAACACCAUCCUACAGUGAAUUAACAAUCGCCGUGACUAUUGGCAUUUUGUUUCGCAAUAAUAAAUAAUUGCCCAGUGGUUUGUGCUUAGUUUUCUGUUUCGUAAACAUAAGAUCGUUGUUCGGUACCGUUCUAAAAAAACAGUGCAGCUGGUUGUCAGUUAAGGAGUACGGUGUUUGAAUCAUUAUAUUAAUCGUAACGUCGGUCAUUUAAUUCAAAAUUAUAGCUUUUAAUAGUCACAUACCGUUUCCACGUUUCAAUAUUGUUGCGUCUAGGUAUCAUCAAAUCUAAUGUGCGCAAGUAUGUGGUCAGUGCAGUGAGAAAAAAUAAACAAACAAACCAGAAAAUGCAUUCUCGUUUAAAAUAAUGAUAUCGCAAACUCAAAACAGGGUCCAAGCUAUAAAAAGUAAAUUCGAGAACCUCAAUAUAGAAAGUGAACCAAUUGUUUUUAGGAAGAAAACCGUUGAACACUUGUACAAACGUAAUGAAUUUGAUAAUUUCAACAAGGAAAACGAACUAUCUGACAAAGUUAAAGUUGAAAGCGAUUCGACAUCGAGCGAUGAAUGUGUUGCAAACGUGAGUUAUUUGUAUGGUGAAUCGAUAAGUGACGUGAAAAUAUCUUUAUCCAGACAGAGUAGUGACCCAGGGAAGAAAUUACACCGUAGUCACGCAUUUCGGUGUGACAGAAGUCAAAAAGUCCUUGGUAGCCCUAAAAGGCAUGGUAGUUGCUACGGCCGGUCUGAAACCAGUGAUUUUUCUUUAAAAAUGGGUGAGAAAAGGUUGAGUAAGGAACGGCUGAAGAAAUUAGGCAAUUUAUUAGAAGAUCAAAUGAAGAAGGAGAAUUUCAAAGUUUCCGAUAGAGUUGCAGCUGAAGAAGUUAAAGAAAAUGUAAUUAAAGACUCCAUACCGGAUUCGGAGGUGCCUCCGCAUAUUUUAGAGCAGUAUGCGCAGGUUAUUAAGCCGAAACGUAAGGAAGAAAGGCAGGAUGCAAUGACUGAUAGCGGUGUUAGUUCAGAGACUGAAAAUCUAGAAGAAGACCGUGGUAGAACGAAGAAAUUAGUGACACAGUUUGAGAAACCAGAGUCAGAAGUGCCAUCUGAAACUAAUUUAGAAUCCAUGAAUGAUUUAGCUAUAUCCAGUGAAACUAUGAGGUUGGAACGUAAGAAUCCUCAUUUGAUUUUAACGGACACAUUAAAGAAAGCUUUAAAGCAACCUCUGCCGGCCGGGCCUCCACCGAAGAAGCCUCCACGCACAUUCGCAACAUCCCCAAUCCCAGAAAACAAAGAGAGUGAACGAAAAAAUGCCAAAAAAAUGUUGGAGAAACUAGAACAAGUGUUACAGAAACGUGAAGCGAGUAAGAAUGUGUACGAUAUCGCUGAAGCUGACAUGAGUUUGAAGAAGCCCAAGCCCAAAGAAAUACAUUAUCUGUGUACGGAAAUACUUGACAUCACGCAAAGAACGCUACUACCCAAUCAAAACAAAGAUUUUAAUUGUUUCAAAUUAAAUUGUUCCAAUUUGAGAAACUCAACUGCUAGUCUACCCUAUACCCGUAUGAGUUCUCACGAAUCAUAUCGUGAUGAUGACAAAGUGUUUAACGAUAAUGAUAAAUGUAUGAAAUGUCAGCUUAACGAUAAAAUGAACGAUAGUUUUAAGUGCCAUCUCACUUGUGAGUGUAAGAAGUCCGAGUUCUACGUUGAAAAUGAGCAUAUUUAUGAUGAACCGUGUACGGAUGGGGUGCCAAAGAAGAAUAAGUACGGGACGUUGAAUCUCAGUAAGAGUUUGAGCAAGAGUUUAGAAGAUUUGAGGAACAGCAAGAGUUUGGAACAGCAUCAAAAAAUAUAUGACAUUCCGUGCGAAGAAGAGGCAGUAGGAAAACCAAAGACUGACUUCGAGAAAUUACGAAGCAACUUCGAAAACAUUACCAGAGAUGGCGCUGUUUACAAAAAAGAAAUUAUCGACAGACCGAAACAUGAAAGUGAAAUAUCGAAAUUAGUGUUGGGAAAGUUAGAGGUUACCGAAAAACCGGUUAUCGCCGAAAAACCGGAGAUUACCGAAAAACCGCCGAUAAAUCCGAAACCGGUUUUGAUUAAGUUCUCCAGGUCGAGUGAGAAUUUGGCGGAGGAGGACAAGAGUCCCAGAUAUAGCACCGAGAAGAGAUUUAAGAAGAAUGAAUCUAGAACGAGUUUGCCGAGAACACGGGACACGCAAGUGGACAUCGAUAGAGAAAAUCUGAAUCGUCUCAUGAACGAGAUUUACGAGACUGUCACAGCUGCGUGCAAUAUGGCCGACAACAAGCCUGGCUGCUUCCCCACAGACGCUGAUGCCAGCACAAGCGAAGAAUCAGUGAAAAUCACGCGCAGUCUCACAGAGAAGAGAAAGAAUUACGUGCGGCGCGUUUCCUCCCGCGUCGCUUACCUCGACCAGAGGAAUAUAAAAAAUAAAUACCGCCACCAAACCUCCAUUUGUUCUUACAAAUCAGAAAUAAUAGACAACCCGUACUCAACAUUCAGAUCGUGGAAAAGCUUCAGAACAUCUCAGAACAACCUGAACAGAGACAAGAUGGAGUCGGCGGAUUCGAAAAUCAAUUUGACAGAUGACAGCGGCAACGCCCUGUCUAUGGACUGCAGUGACGGGAGCAUAGACAAUCUGAGCAUAGACGGGAAGACUGGGUGUGUCGAAAUACCAAUGGAGGCGAAAGAUAAACUAUUUAAUAUUUGUCUAUUGGUCGGUUUGAAUUAUAUGAGUGGUAAGGCGUAUGUAAAAAACGUGUUUCCUAGUCAGGUCGCUGUGCCACCUCACAUAGAGAACCUGAUCUUCCCGGAGACGCUGAGCUGGUCCCAGAGAGGGCAGUGGACUCCUGAUGCUAGUUCACAAUGUUAUUCCCUUGUUCUGACAACGGAGAGAGGAGAGAGAGCUUACGGCUAUUGCCGCAGGGUGUUACCAGAGGGCGCCACUACAUGUCUUCCACUAUGCUAUUGCAUCAUAGGAAAAUACAGAGCCCCCGGAUUCUAUUAUAAGAUACUUCAAGAGAUCGAAUCUCAUCACGGCAGUUCAGAUCAAGAGAUCCAGUCGCUUCUCCACCAGCUCUUCGACGCAACGUUCCCGAGACCCGGCGAGGAGAUAGUGAUCAACACACAUACAGACAAACAGAUGGACCACCUUAAAUGCAAGACGUUGCCGGACCUAAGAAGGAGUCCAGGCAGAUCUGGGGAUGAUCACGAGGAGUCGCCCAGGUUUUUGGACUUCGAGAACAACAAUGGACCGAAGAGGUUCACACUGAGUUUUGAAACUAGACAAAAAGUUAUGAAGCGUCCCAUGGAGCCUCGGGUGGAUGAAGACAACUUGUCCACUCUCAUAGACUCGUUCGGAACGGGUCUCGCUGUUAAAGUGUUCGGAUCACUCUUGCUGGAGAGGAAGGUCAUCGUCAUUAGUGAUAAAUUGAGCCAACUGUCCUCGUGCAUGGAAGCGCUCCAAUCAAUCCUCUAUCCGUUCGUGUGGCAACAACCACUCAUAUCUGCAAUCCCGUCGGAGAUACAACGCGACGUGUUGCAAGCGCCCCUGCCUAUCCUGGCGGGAAUGUUGUCGACUGGCAUCGAGACCGAUGAAGAUUUGAGCUUCGAAGAGGGUAUGCUUAUAGACCUUACCCAUCCGUCCAAAGUGCUCUUCUACCAAGGCGACGAGGCGACUAUACUCCCGACAUCGUGCUACAAAACUUUGAAGACAUCUUUACAGAUGGAGUUAGUCAAACACAAGGACACCAUUGAAGACGCCAAAACUAGAAACGUUCUCAUAUCGGAAGCAUUUCUGCGUUUCUUCGUCGAGGUUCUCGGCGAUUUCUGGAGGUAUUUCAGUGUGGGGGAGGUCGCCGAGGGCAUGCUGGGGAAGGAUGGUGUCGUUUUUGAUAAAGAGUCGUUCAAAAAGAACGCUACACCAAAACAGAACCAAUAUUUCCUCGAAUGGUUCACUGAAACGGCCAUGUUCAAUCAUUUCGUACAAAACAUGGCCGCUUGUUACCACCCUGACGAAAAAACGAAGACCAUAGACCACACCGAUGUAGAGUUGGUCGACACCCCGCUACCAGAUUUCUAUAGAUUAUUCGAAGAGAGAGUGCGGUGUCGACAGAAGUUGGAUGUGAAAAAUUACGAGAAGAGUUACAAGAGUGCUGUUAAUAAACGUGUUAAAUUGUUGAAGAAUAAAUUGAAGGAUCUUAUUACUUGAGGUGGUAAUUUUAUUUUUUUUGUGUGUGUUUUUUAAGUUUUUGUAGUUGGCAACGAUUGGAUGUGAAUUUGGUAUAUUUGUUGAAGGUGUGUGGAAAUAUAAUUAAUUAAAAAAUAAAUAAAAAAAUCACUUGUUAAAGGCAGCUUUAGACGGAGGUAAAAUUUCCUUGAAGUUAUUGAAUACCAAUUAGAAUUUUUCAUUGAUCUACUUCGAAAUAAAAGGUCAUUUGAGGUAAUUUUCUUUUUAAAUUCUCUUAUGUUUUUUUUUUUUUAAUUGGUUAUAUUUCCGUGGUUUCGUCUAUAGUGCUGCUAAAUUGUCGAUAGUUUCGCUAUCGAUAGAUUUCGUCUGAGUAAAGCCAUUGACUAAAAUUUAUUCUCCUAUUGAUAAAGAUCGAUAGCUCACUGAAAUGUACACGUUCACCUUUAAAUUGUCGGCAUUGGUCACGACCCGAAAUAACAUUAUUUAUAAUGCAAAGUGAAAGUUAGUUUAUUAAAAAUAUAUUAUUGAAAAAAAUAUCGAUAAAGCGUCUCUAUUGUGAAGCGCCGGGAACCACACGACACUUUACAUACAUUCACUUGUGUAUUCAGAAUCUCAAAUGUGUAUUUAAUUUAAUAAAAUUAUCCCAUAUAUAAUAGGGAUCAGUCUAUUUAUUUCCUACUAAAAGAAUGAAUUGUAUUUUGGAAAACAAUGUAAUGUCUAUUAAAUUAAGCAUAUAUUAAUGUGAUGUAGGUAUUUCAUCAUUUUUUGUGCAGACGUAUUUCUGUAUUGAGAACAAUAAGGAGCGUCCUAUGAUUGAAAUAUUUUUCUGCCCUAAGAUUGUCAGUCGAUCAUUUGAGUGCCUUACCCGUUUUAUAAUUACAUGUUUUUUAUAUAUAAUUAUGUCAUAACAUUUUCUAAAUGAUUAUUUAUCAUAGUAAGAUAUUAAUACUGCCAACGAAAAAUCACAAUUUUUUAUAAGUCUUAAAUGUAACAUUUCCCGAUUGGUCCUAAUCCUGACUUGCCACGUUCCUGAAACGUCACUUUACCAAGUGAUAGUUCGUAAGACGUCCCGUUAACUAGUAUAUCGGUUACAGUAUGACCAUUUUUAUGAGUUACACCGAUAUUCUUGCGCAGGAGUCUUAAUUUUUGUACGGCGCGAAAAUAUUUGAACGGUUGAGCCAAUCAGAGCGCGCGAUUUGAACUCGCGAACUGAACUAUCUGCUAUUACGAGCCAGUUGACAGAAGACAUUUUGCUCUUAGAUUUUAAAUUUAAUGUAAUUGUAAUAUGGUCGUUAUUUUAAAUAUUUAAAUGGCAUUCGGUUGGUUAGGCGGUAGUUUAAGCUAUUCUGCGCCGCCGAAUGUUGCCGAGACCAUUUUUUAAAUGUGGUAAUACUGUAGCAACUUGUUCCCAUUCCAAAUAGCGUUCUUCCCAAUUUUAGUCUAUUCCUAUACAAAUCAUCUCAAUAAAAUUAUGUUAUGCCAUCAUUUAGUUUUACAUUAAAUGUCAAAGUUAAUAAAUAAAAUGAAAGUAAACUGUUACAUAUAUUUUUUUAGUGUUUAUUCCGCCCAUUGUGCCUUGAUAAAAUGUUUUUCUUUAAUAAUUUUGUUAUAAAUAAAUAUUAAAACUUUUGUACAGAUUUGCAUGUUUUCUCUCAGAUCUUAUUUUUUUGUGACAAACAUGAUUAUGUCCAAAAUAACAGAUUCUUUUCCUUUUUUUACAUAAUUGUUUCACUUGUAAAACUAUACUAUUAUUAUACUAUAUCUUUGCUAACUAGGUAACUUAUUUAAAUGGUGACAAUUUUCGUCGUAAAUGGUGCAAAGAAGUUUUUUGUCUGGUUUUGUAAAAUUUAAUUUAGAUGCAAAUCAAUUCUUUAAUCACAGACUCACUAACCUUUAAUACGGUCAACAGCACAUCAACCUACCCAAUGUUACUGCAAAUUCGCCUUUAUUACCGGGUCAUAGAUAUAUAUGCAGGGUAACUUGAUAUGUGGUUGAUUGUACUAUGAAUAAUAAAAGAACAUAAGCUAAUAAAUAAAAAAAUUCAAAACUUAGUGAAAAUCAAUCUGAUGUGUUUUUUUUUUAUCGUUGCUGCAAUGGUUCAAUAUACAAGAAGAGUAUUUCUAAUGAAAUAAGUAAAAAUAACAUUGUGCUGUAAUUCAUCAAAAAAAUAUCUUUUAUAUUUUUGUAUAAAUAAAUGAUUAAAUUUCAAAUAUCACGUGCUGUUUUUAAAAUUGCUAAGAGAUGAACCUGUGACCUCAUGGAUAUUUUAAACACUGUGCCAGAAAGGUUUUAUAUUUAGCCAUCACAUUAAAUAUUGACUGAAAGGUAUAUUAAUAAUGUUAGUUGCUGGUAGGAAGAUGAGAAUGAAUUUUCGGGGACAAUUUUUCCAUACAUGCUGAGAUAUUAUUUCUAAAAUAUAGUAAAUUUCCUUGAUAUUAUGUUAAAAACAUGGGUAUUAGAAUACUCGUCCGUCCCAUCGUUAGUCUUCAAAUAAUGUACAUAGUAAGAAAAUACACUCACAAUAAUCUUCUGUAAAAUAAAGGAAAUAUGUAUGUGAAAGAUGUUUUGAAGUUUCCAAAAAAGUCCGCCAUUAACAUGUAAUUAAAUUUAAAAUAUAUAUAUAUAUUUUUUGUAUAAAAACGUAAUUCGUUAGUGCGAAAGUUCAAUAAUGUUCUUUUUUAAAUAUUGGUACUUAAAUUAAGGUUUUUUUGUAUUGUUAUGUAAAGGAGUUUGACUGAAUAUACCGUGUGUUUACUUUUGUUUAAUAUAGUUCGUUGUGUUUUUAAUAAAUACAAUUAAAAAAAAAACAAAUAACAUGACAUUGCAUCACCAUAACAAUAACUAUUUGUACUUUCGAACUAAUGUUAUUAUUUUUUAGUCUGAGAACAUUGACAUUCUGUAUUUAUUUGUGAUAUAAAGUAUUCGAUAGUGCCUUUUAAAAAUAAGUUUUUAGUUUUAAGAUCAUUUUAGCAUAAAUAAAUUUAUUGUUAUAAUUUUUUAAGAAAAUUAUACAAUUGUCGGCUAUGUAUUUAAGGCAUUCAUUCAAAAAUGUGUCUUAAAUCAGUUUCAUAUUUAUAAACAAUGCAAAACGGCUACUAAAGUAUGUUAGGGUAAUUAAAAAAUUAGAGAAGAAUUCGAGAAAAUUUGUUUUAUUUGUAAUUGGUGCUGUAAGUACUUGCAACGUGCCCAUUCCCAGUAUAAAAAUUUCACUAAAUAAAAUACGUUCACUAUAUCAAAAUCUUAAUAAUAUAAACACGUUCUUUUAUGUAAUAAUAUGUCUAUCACCCCCAUGAGAGUAAAUAUUAUGAGACUUGUAUCAAAAGUAAAAUUAUAUAAAUUAGGACGAGUUGGGAAUGAGACCAACAGGUAAUAGGACAAAAUUGAACAAAUCUUUCGGGCGUAAUUUGGACCUUAAUAAAAAUUGAAAUACAAUAACUUUCAGCAUGCAUCACUUGAUUAUGAAAAUGUGCCUGUAAAUUAAGUGUAUAUUAGUAGAUAUGAAUGCAAUAAAAUAAUUAUUAUUUUA